AUGUUGCUCACCAUAUUCCUGCUCGCACUCACAAUUCUGCAGAGCAACAACCAAACGCAUUUGAUACGAAGAGACGUCCUGAACUGCAAGAAGAAGGACCAAACCAUCGUCCUUCAAGAUCUGAUCUGGAACCCGCAAAAGUUAAUAAGUAUAGUUUUGGGAAGACUGAGAAGUUUCUAUUUCUGCGUAAAUUCUGAUACCACAUUCAAUAAUGUUACAUACAAAUGGCCAACGACGUAUGUCACUAGUUACGCUUCAUCGGAUAUCCCGUGCUUGAGUACAAAUAGAGAGAUAGUUAAAAGACUCUGCAAAGAAGAUAAUAUAAAUGGAGCUUCUUUUGAAAAAAUAGAAAAUUGUUUAACAUCUCCUUCAUCCAAUUACACGGAGAAAUUAAAUGAUCUACUGAACUCGAACAUUUCUAUAACCGAUAUCGUCUCUAAAUUGAUAACAGUCACUGAAAAUGCGGAAUCAUUUAAACCCAUCGAUUUGUUCUUAGUAUCUUCGAUCAUAGAUAAAUUCGUCUACGAAUCUACCAAUUUAAGUAGUAUAACAACAGUUAUAAGCAACGUAAUUAACACUAGAACAGAAAUUAGCGAAGAGUCUCAAAGGAAUUACAAUGCAACCGAUCAAAUUUUAUACAGUUUUGAUCUUAUUCUUGAGAGGGAAGGUAAACCAUACGAAGAUCUAGAAAUUAAGGAAUCCAAUUUGUUUGUAAAAAUAUUCACUGGCUUGCAUGGAUUCAUUUUUAAGGAUAACAACGAAAUUAUUGAAAUCGAAGAGGAUAUGGAUUUCAUGAGCUUCGCGAAGAUACCACAACUAUCUGCAGCUAUCUAUAUUCCGAAUGUUAAGGCCAGGGCAACUGUGAGUUUGUUUUUGAAGGACACGUUGUUUAACGAAAAUAAGAGGAGGAAUAUUGCGAAUAAUUUUGGAGUUAUUUUGAGUGACAACAUCGAACAGAUUUAUUUAAUUUUUAAACCCGCCGAUGGGCUGGGCACGUACCGACAUUCUUGCGGAUUUUGGAACUACGGUUUUGCUAAAAGAGGUAAUUGGAAAUUGGAAUCUAGACCUAAAUAUUUGGGAGUGCUACAGAUAUGCGAGUAUUCUCACGUGACACAUUUCGGUUUAUUGGUGAUCGAUGAAGACUUUAUCGAAGACAGUGACAUUCUAAGCGUAAUAAGUUCUAUUGAGAUUGGACUGUCUUUGUUCGGGAUUCUGGGAAUCUUUUUGACCGGUGCAGUGUUUAAGACUUGGAGGGAGAAUAUAGGUAAUAAGAUAUUGAUUCAUUAUGGAAUUGUUUCUUUGGUACAGAUUGUGUUACUGUACGUGUCUGAAAAAGUGUUGGGAGCAGAAAGUUGGAUUUGUAUAUUAACUGGAGUUUUAUUGCACUACACAGUUUUGUCGCAGUUUUGCUGGAUGUUGGUUAUAGGUUUACUUCAGUACAAACGAUACAUUCAAGUGUUUGUCGGAAACUCUCGGUGGGUUCUAAUCAAGGCUUGUUUCGUGAGCUACGGAAUUCCAGCGUUCCCCGUGAUGAUUCUAUUUGGAUUCUUCUCUGAUACUUACGUUGAUGGGAGAGUUGGUCUUUGCUACCCAACGGGCAACGGCUUAAUUUAUGGUGUUCUUUUACCCAUAGGUAUCAUAGUCACCGUUAACAUUUUAAUCUUUUCAAGGAUCAUCUUUGAGCUUUUCUGCAAACCGAAGAUAAAUUCCAGCGUGGAAGACGAAGUUUUGAUACUACGAUUGAGGCUCGUUCUGCUGAUGUUCUUCAUGCUGGGAAUCACGUGGGUCUUCGGUUUUGCGGCGCAAAUCUUUGAGAGCGAUUUCCUAAUUUACCUCUUCUUAAUAACAUCAUCGAUUCAAGGAUUCAUGAUUUUCGUCUUCUUCAUCGUAUUUAACAAGAAUGCGCGCAAGAUGUACGUCUAUCUGUGGAAUAAAUAUUCUUGCAGAUGA